CGACAGCUCGCUGAGCUUUCGAAGGAAACAAUGUCCUUCAUUCUUAUAUAUAAUAAAAAGCAUCAGUAGUCAUGGCUGCCACUCGGCUCACUGAGCUCGCCAAUGCAAUCUCUGAAAACACCAAAAUUAUCACGGACUAUCUCGCAUCCAAGAAUCUCUCAGCCCCAUCUUUCGACGCGGACGGCCUCACUGAGUUACCCAUCUCUCCUGCAGACAAAGAUGCAUGGACAGCUCGGUCGAAGCUCGUCGCUGCGACGAAAGAACUGCAGGCCUUGACUGUGGGCCCCAAAGAGAGUCUGCGACAUUUGGCUUGGGAUUGCGUCAACAAUCUAUCGCUUCGCGCAAUAUACCACUUCGACAUUGCUGAAGCUGUCCCUAUCGAGGGAGACAUAAGUUAUGUCGAGCUCUCGCAGAAGACGAACGUCGACCCUAUCAAUGUCCGCCGACUCAUCCGCCAUGCCAUGACCAACUUUAUCUUCCGAGAGCCUCGCCCAGGAUACGUCGCACAUACGUCGUCGUCUCGGCUGUUGGCCGAAGAUGCACAGCUGCAGGCUUGGGUAGGGUUCUUUUCGGAGGACCUGUUGGGGCCAGUAACGAAGACGGUUGAUGCCAUGGAUCGAUGGCCCGACAGUCAGGAGCCGAGGAAUACGGGAUUUCAGAUAGCGAAUAAUACCGAGGACAAUUUCUUUGAGUGGUUUGCGAAGAAUCCGGAUCGGUUGGGCCGGUACGGCACAGCCAUGGCGGCCAAUGCUGCGAGUGAGGGGUAUCAUGUGAAGCAUGUCGUGGAGAAUUAUCCCUGGGACAGCUUAGGAGAGGCUACGGUUGUAGACCUCGGUGGAUCCCAAGGACAUGUCUCUGUCGCUAUUGCACAGAAAUAUCCCUCCUUGAAGUUCGUCGUCCAAGAACUUCCGAGCAUGCGUCCUCCUCACGUAACAGGCACGCUCGUAACUCCAGAGUUGGAGUCGAGAGUGGCCCUGACCACACAUGACUUCUUCACUCCCCAGACCGUGACAGCAGAUCUCUAUUACUUUAGAUGGAUCUUCCAUAACUGGUCAGACGCAUACGCGAUCAAGAUAUUGAAGAACCUUGUUCCGGCUAUGAAGCCCGGCUCUAGAGUAUUGAUCAAUGAUGGUAUUCUACCCGAGCCAGGAACUGUGGGAGGCAUGGAAGAAAAGAGCAUCAGAACGAUGGAUUUGCUGCAAUUCGUGACGGUAAAUGGAAGAGAAAGAGAGGAACAGGACUGGAAAGAUCUCUUCAAACAAGCGGAUGAAAGAUUCCAAUACUCGAAGGCGUGGAAGCCUGAAAAAAGUCACAUGUGGUUAAUCGAAGCUAUCUGGACACCUUGAGGCUUCUGAUGCAGUAUUUGCACGAUACCGGCGCCAGCGAAUGUUGAAACGUCAUCCGAUAUAGCGUACCCGGUUAUGUUUCCCUUUUGUCAUUCGUGCUUGAGCAGAAUCUCACCUUCAGAGUUGAAGCUUGCCCGAUUUCAAUCUACGCUAGUCCUAAACUAGCGAUACAAACCAGGCUAGAAUCACGUUGUCAUUUGGGAAUUGUGUUAUUGAUGAUAGAAUUUCAUUUGUGCAUCUAUGGGGACGCAGUAAUCAUUGACUCACUCUCGAAAUCUGCGCAGCAGACUACUUAAGAUCAUUUCCCGAUAUUCAAGCUAUCUCAGCUUUAGCUAGUCAGACCGUGAGCCAACCUUGCUCUUCGUGCUAUACUGUCAGCCAGCUUGACUUUCAUCUUGUUAC